UUGAGUCUUAAAUGCAAACAAGCUGUGUGGCUGAGCAUAGGAGGGAACACUCACCUGCGUUCCAUGACCCAUACCCUCUGGCUGGAGCAGGCUCUCAGGAGUGCUGGCUGGAUGCAAGGUUCUUUGAAAUUUUCUCUACCAAAUGAUAGCAUUGAUUGUACAAUAAAAAUGAUUUAAAGUCGCCACCUGGAGGGGGCGGGGAUGCGCAGGCACUUAGGGCGCGGCCAGAGCAUAAAUGAAGGCGGAUCGGAUAAGGCAAACAGUUGAUCCCUGAGAGUCACUGGAGUACUGCAAGGCAGGCCCCGGGAUACCGCGGAUCUUGAGAGCACCGAACCUCCGAACCUCCGGGUGAAGCACCCAGCCCAGCAGAUCCCCCCGUCCGCUUUCCUGCCUGCGCGUCCGCCCCGCGUGCCCACCAUGAACUCGGAGAGAGCGAGCUGUGAGCCCCGCGCCAGCCAGUUGCUCUUCGCUGCAUUCCACCAGGAAGAAGGGGACUUGAAAGAUGCAUCUGGGACAGCUGAUGUCGGCCAUCUCUCUAAGGGCGGGACCCUACUUGUUGGUAAUAAGUCUGGUUAUAAAAUUUUUGGCCUUUCUAAUGUGGAUAAGUUGGAGCAACUCUAUGAAUACAAUGCUAUUGAAGAUGUGAGCAUCGUGGAAACUUCCUUCUCUAGGAACAUAGUGGCCAUCGUCAGCCUCAGGGCUCCUGGGAAGGUGAGAGUUUUCUGCCUUAAAAAGGCCACGGAGAUCUGUAACUACUUCUAUUGCAAUAGAAUCCUGGCUGUGAAGAUGAACCGGCACAGGUUAGUAGUGUGCCUGCAAGAGACUGUCUACAUUUACAACAUUCGGAACCAGGAGAUACUGCAUGUUAUCAGGGAGACCCCCCCAAACCCUGCAGGCCUGUGUGUACUGUCAGAAAACGAUUACUUGGCGUUCCCAGGCAGUACCACCGGGGAGGUGCACAUCUUCGACGCUUAUAACUUGAGAGGUGCCAGCAGGAUCCUGGCUCAUCAGAGCAGUUUAGCAGCACUGGCCUUCGACGCUCGUGGAACCAUGCUCGCUACUGCUUCUGAGAAGGGGACUAUCAUUAGGGUAUUUUCCAUCCCAGAGGGACAAAAUCUCUUUCAGUUCCGGAGAGGAAUUAAGCGGUGUGUUGACAUCUACUCGAUGGCCUUCAGCAGCGACGGCAUGUUCCUCUGCACCUCCAGCAACACCGAGACUGUGCACAUUUUCAAACUCCAGAUGGAGCAUGAUAAGGCUCCCGAGGCCCCCACCACCUGGACCGGGUACUUGGGGAGCAUGCUCCUGGCUUCCGCCAGCUAUUUGCCCUCGCUGGUAGCAGACGUGCUCAGCCAGGCCAGAGCCUUUGCCACAGUCUACUUGCCGGUCUGUGGCCGCAGAAACAUCUGCUCACUGGUCACAAUUCAAGAUAUUCCGCGGGUCCUGGUGGGUACUUCCGACGGCUGCUUGUACAUAUACAACCUGGACCCCUGGCAAGGAGGGGAGUGUACCCUGGCGCAACAGCACCGAUUUGAUGGAGAGACUCAUAAGCUCGUGGCCUCUCACCAAUGCCCUGUAGCCCGGGGACCUACAGCUCAGCCUGAGGCCAAUGACAAUGGGUGCGCGGGGAGGCACCCCGCACCCUCCGGGAGUCUUUGGACUGACUGACUGGGAACUCUGCCUCCUGAAGAUGAGAAAGAAGGAGCAUUGACAGGACUUUGUGCUACACGCUCUGUGCCUGAGUUGUAGGAGGGGAAGGCAGAGGGAAAAGGUAAAAAAGAUUGUAGCUGUAGUCUAUCCCAUGCUGUGCAGAAACAUUGUUUUCACUAUAAGGUCUUAAUCGUGCUUACAAGUUUUAGUGUUUUGGGUUUUUUUGUUUGUUUGUUUUUUGCCAAAAUUAACUAAAA